AGAGCGCGCGGAGUUUGGAUUGCGCGCGUGCCUGUCCUCAAGCUGGAGAACCGUUAGAGCUCGACCCGAGCGCAUGAGAAACGUUUACACACCUGGUGGUAAUUAGGUGUCGUGCGCGCGCCCGCAGCCUUUGAGGGGGCGGGUCCUCGUUUAUAUCUGUUCCUCUGCGCUCCGCGGGUCUGAUCCAGCAGCGCGGAUGAAAUGUUCGGGCAUGGACGCGGCGGACUGCAGUGACCCGUACGGCCGACCCGCGCGCAGGACGCAGUGGAUCGUCAGCACGCUGGCGUACCACUACGGACUGGACCGCGGGGUCGAGAACGAAAUCAUAGUUCUGGCCACCGGGCUGGAUCAAUAUCUGCAGGAGAUCUUCCACCACCUGGACUACCGAGGCGCGGGCAGGAUCCCCGUGGGGGACUUCAGCGCACUGUGCGAAGUUCUGGGACUGAAGCAGGACCAGGAGUGCGCCGGAGUGUUGGAAGGGUUACCCGGCGAGAUCUCCUUCAGGCUCUUCCACGCUCGACUGUGCGGAUACUUCAGCUCCAAGGCGGGCUGUGGCUACGAGAACGGGCGGCUGCUGGUCGGGGAGGACAGCGAGCACAUAGAGACUCAGAUCCGGCUGAGGACCCCCCUGAAGCGGCGAGAGAAGCUGCUGUCCGUGGGGGCGAGCGGCCGCUCCUCUCCAUGCGCGGAGGAGCGCCACGCCCCCGGCUGCAGACUCGGGUCCUGCUCCAGGGAGUGUUAUGAGGAGAUCGUGGCACUCGAGGAGGCAGAAGACCGCAUAGGAAAGCUGGAGGACGAGAACGCCAGUUUGAGGGAGCUGAUUGAGGACAUGCGCGCCGCCCUGCAGAGCAGCGACGCCCGCUGCCUGGCCCUUCAGGUAGGACUCUGGAAAAGUCGCCUCAAACAGAAGCCAGAAGAAGGAUGUUUUGUUUCAGAGCAGAGAGCAGUGGGUCUGCAGAGCAUCGUUCAGGAGGUGGGUCUGCUGCACCACUCCAGAGGCUGGCUGCUGGAGGACGCUCUGCGAUGUAGUCAGAGACUGGAACAGGAGCUGUGGAGCUCCAGGGAGACGGUGGUUGCUCUACAGAGGGAGCAGCUGUCCAUGAGGAAAAAGGUGGAGGAGGCCAGGCAGGCGCUUCGCAUCAGCCUGGGUAAAGUGAAGGAUCUGGAGGUGAAGGCCCGUGAUGUGCCAGCACUGCAGAGGUACAUCCUGCAGCUGAAGUCAGAAAUGCUCUGUCAAAGGUCAGAAGCAUCAAAACUACAACUCUCAGGAAGCAGUGGUUCAGAGCUGAGUGCCAACGGCGGAACCAGCUGGAGAUGUUGCUCUGACACCCGUCAUGACCGGUGUCCGCCCCCAGGCUGUGCCGUGACCACCCCUGACAAGAUGGAGGAGCAGCUCUUCCGGUCGGUGGAGGGCCAGGCAGCUUCAGAUGAGGAAGAGGAGAAGUGGAGUGAUCACCAGCAGAGGCAGGUUGAUGAGGUGAAGCGAAUCCUGACACGGCUUUCCAGCUGCAGUGAAGGGUGUGAAAACAGGAUAUUCCGGAAAUGGAUGUCUCAGUUGGAAAGUUCCCGGAGUGAUCAGGGUUGCAGCGCCGUGCUGGAGCUCCUGCGGAGGAGGCUGGAGCUGAAGGAGGCCCAGCCAGAGGUCAGCAUGGAUCAGAUGACAAAACGAUGCUUAAAAGUGUCCACUACUUCAAAGAUGAAGGAGUCCCAGGUGCAGGAGCUGCAGCAGAAGGCUGAGGAGACGGGGCUCCUUCAGGCAGAGCUGCACAUGCUGGAGACGGGAAAGGUUCGUCUGUCGCUGCUGGAGGAGAAGCUUGGGGACAUCCUCCAGUUCCUGCAUGAGCUCAGAGACCUGGACAUCUCCCGGAGGUCUCUUGGGAAGAUCUUGGUUAGCACGUUGGAGUCUGGCAGUGACCCACAGCACAGCAAAGCUCACAUCCUGGAGGUGCUCAACGCUCUCUGUCAUGAACUGGCUUCAUGUGAACUUCUGCCUCCAGGAGGCGCACUCGAGUCAACCUCAAACCAGCAAACUCUCAUCAUCUCCUGCUAAACAAUACUGCAGUAAAAAGUCAAACAUCAGGUUGAUGGAUGUAAAUGGUGUAUUAUACUGUAGCUCAUAUAAGUGUGAAGUGAUAAACUGUAAUUAGCAGGCAAACUGCUUUAAUUAUAAGAUAAUAAAGUGAUGAAUUUUUUGCUUUA